CUGCUCUGAUUCGUAUCCUAUCCUCUGAAAGAAGCCGUGUGAGGCGACUUACCCACUACGCAAGUACUUGCGUUGAGGUAUGCUUGUACCUGCCUGCUUUAUGUAGAUAUGUGUCUACGUUACACAGACACACUUAUUCAUACUACCAUCGACGUCUUCGAUUGCUGCUGCCGCAGUAUCACAAGGGACAACAUGAAGCGGGCCGAUUUUCCAGAAGAGACAGCUCUGUUUGCCAUCCGCUUGUCUAUUGUUUGUCCUGUGCUUCGCUUUUCCCCUCCUCUUGCCGUGACUGCCUUCUUCCCUUCAGCCCUCUCGAAGGCAACCGGCAGAUACGGUAACAUCUCGACCUAUCUAAUUCUAUUGCCAACCUCCUCCUAGCCUUGUAUCUUCUGUUCUUGCUACGUCAGCACUGAAUUAACUAUUUGAUAUAGCAAGAGGUGCAGGUAACUUCUGUUGAGAUUCCGGCUCCAACCAGACAGAUCCACCAUGGCUGAGUCACUUACUGGCCUCUCUCUCAAGCAUCUAGAGGAGUCGGUAACGACCACACCGAUGGCCGCACUGCCCCGAAGACUUGAAGCAAAAGACAAUAUGCCUGUACCUUGUGGGGUCGAAGAUGGCGCCAAUAAGGCCAAUAGUGAGGCCCGUGACUCGACCGGUGAAGAUGUUCCGGAUCUCCACGAAGCUCAUAUGGAUGACCCUGCUGUUGCUGACGCGGUGGUAAGCGUUGGUGAGCAAGUUACAGCGACAAAGAAGAAAAAGAAGUCGAAGAGAAUCCCGAAGAGUCGCAAGAACAUCACUGGCUUCGAAGAGUAUUAUGCCGAUGCCCCGAUGACGCCUUUGCAGGCGGCUGAGAAGAAGAAGCUUUACGAUCCUAUGCGACCGUUUUCCGAACGUAUCGAAGAAUGCAUCCAGCGGUUUCGAGCACGCCGACGUCUAGACUCGCAGCGUAUGACUCUGUUCAACAAGUACCUCUUUCUAGGGGGUAUCGAUACCUCACAACGCCAAUUUACUGGCAUGGCCCUGGAUAGAGAGGCUAUGGUUGAAGCAGAUAGUGAGCAGAUCCGUACUAUGACUGCUGUCGAUUUUGUCGGUGGCCAAGGUAAUCGUUUCUACGACCCCAGUAGAUCUGAAGAUUGGGAAGUCGAUUUCGAAGCAGUGGUCGAAGGAUACCUCUCUCGAACCAUCCCCGACUGGUGCAUGUAUGACCCAAAAAUCAUUCAGACAGCUGCAGACGUAGUCAAGAAUUUCUUGAACUAUGUUCUCAUGCAGGACGUGUGUCCUGAAUAUACGGCCAACAUUGUAGCUGCUAGACAUGUAUGCGAUAUCGCGCCGAUCGAAUUUCGCUACAUACACGAACUGACCUUUGAACUGCCUGGUCACUUCAACUGCGCUGCUCGAUCGUUAUUCUGUGAGGGCCAAAUCAACCAUCUCGACCGUGAGGAGAAUUCCGAGGCUUUCGUUCAGUUCAAGCUCACCACCCUGGUUUGGUCGUCGAGCGACAAAGCGAAGCUUGUUAAGCAGAAAAUCCUCAACACUGCUGAUCCAACUACAAUAAAGGUUAUAUCUACGGCCAGCAAGACCUACCAGGUUCUUGAAAUGGCUCGGCCCCUCCAGAAGGAUAAGAAGAUGGUAGAGAAGAAACUUGCAGAGUUGGAAGCCAAAAGCAAGGUCAAGCCCGCUGGUAUCAUCUCUGUUGCACCAGCUAUCAUUGCGCAUGGGUGGGGGAACAUGCCGCGCCCGGAAGAGGUUGAUUUCAGUAAUGCCGAAACAGAGGAGUUCUUUCUCGAGGACGAGCUAUUGGGAAAAUUUGAGAUUGGGAUGAAGAUCGCCAUGACGGUUUGUGAACUCAAUAUUGGUCUUCGCUUCAUCAAGGAAGUACACGAUCUACGCGUCUCAUUCGACACCUUCUUGCCUCAAUACCUCAUGGCAAACUGGAAAGAACCCAUCCCAAAUACGCGCCCACCCCCUUCAAUUCAUGAUCCAAAUGCCGAGGAGAAGGCCAUGGGCGCAGAAAUGCACGUCGACGAGUAAAUCAGACCGGUUGCCCGAUGGCUGGUCUCCAAACUCAGGUGUUCAGACGUGGUUGAUCACCGUAAGUAAUAACACAAGAUGGGAUCCGCGACCAGGUAGACUGAUGUAGGAUAUUCGAUGAGAAAGGAGGACGAAGAAGGAAAAGAGAGAAUUGGGGUGUGGGACU